AUGUCUAUUACAGAAAUAUUGGAAUACUUAUUCGAUAGUGGCAGUAAGAUUGGUAAACGUUUGUCACAAGAUGCUGAUAAAACAUCAUUAAUAUACAUUAUGACAAAGAUUUGUUGCUUGGUUGCAAUUUUCCUUAACACAAUUUGUGUGUCGCAAUGUGAAAGUCUCACUAAAAAAUGUCUCGCUGCAAAUGGUAGAUGCGGAAAGAAAGGUGUAAACUGCACUGAAACACUUGUAGAUGGAUGGAAAAGUGAAGGUACAUGUUGUUAUGGAGACCCAUGUUGUAAAAUUAUAGGCUACAGUUGUGGAUUUGAGACUGAGGGAGCAGCAUGUAUUUUCCAGGAUACAGAUACAGAUGAAUUUGAUUGGACACGACGUACCUUGAAAACCGGAAGUAGUGACACAGGACCAUUAAGUGCAGCCGAAGGAGAUUACUACAUAUUCAUAGAGUCUUCAUCCCCAAGAGUUAAUGGUGAUAAGGCUGUACUUACAACUGAAGAUGUUAGCCUUCCAGUUAGUAGUUGGUGUCUAACCUUCCAGUACCAUAUGUAUGGGAGUGAAAUAGGGGAUUUGGAAGUAUUUGCUGGGGAAAAACUAUCCAACUUGACAAGUCUCUGGAAAAGAACAGGAGAGCAACCUGACCCAUUACUGUGGAAAAAUGCUUCUAUAACCAUACCAGAAUAUUUCAAGACUGUUGUACGUAUUCCAUAA